AUGUUUCAGAGCACGGAGCCCUACCUGCAGGAGUACAUCUCGCUAGACCUGGGUAAGGAGCUAGAGGCCGCGGGAUUCAGGAAUCCGGAGGUCCGGUCCAACUCCACACGGCACCGCACGUGUGUAGCCUACGUCGACAAAUACCUUGUCGAGCACAAAUGGAGAUUCGACGCUGCUCGCAACAAGGUGCGGUUGGAGACAAAGUUUGUGAAUAAGAAGAGCCCCAAUAGGCCCUCGGAUAAGGAAACACGUUACGUCGAGAACACUGAAGAGGCUGUAAGCUCGGAAGCGUUAGAGAUGGCUGACAGAGUUCUGAAGAAGAAGCGAGAUGUGUUCCUGCGGGAGAACGGGGGGGACGCUGGUGGCAGCAGCAGCGGCAAGAAGAGGCGGAGGAACGCUGACGACGAACUAGCUGACCCAGUCAUCGUGGCUUUGCGGGGUGGCGGAAGGACUCGAUCUGGGGUGGAAACGGGCAAGCCAGAUGAACAAGAGGAUGCGGAAAGUUUCCUGGCUUUCUUGAACAGCAAGGAGUCAUCAAGCGACGCACUAGAAUUCUUGGCAUCUAAGGGUUUGGACGCUGCGAAGGAAGUCCGUCGCCGUAUUCGAGAGCUGGACGUUUUGGCAAGGGUCGGAGCUUCGUUGAAGAGAGCGAUUGAGCAGGCGCAGAAGCAACGAAGCACCAGCGACGGGCAUCGAACAUGGCAAACACUUCUCACUGCGGCGGCCUUCAUGGUCGAAGAUGAGGAGGGCUCGCAGCUAUCGGCCCAACGGACGGCCGCCGCGAUUAACGUCCGCAGACAGAGCUUUAACUUCGCGGUAGGCCGUGCCAAAAAGUUGAACCCCGAUGUCCGUCCGACCGAGGCGUUGAAGGACGGUGUCUACUGGUUCUCCCCCCGAGCCAAGAGGAGCGACGCAGCCAGCGAUGAACUGGUAUCGUUAAUGCGGCAAUACUGGCACACGGACGAGGUGUCGCGCGCGAGCGGCAACUCGGCCGACCGUGACAUGUGGAUUUCGUCCAAGUCCCCCAACGCUGAACGCCAUCCUAGGCGGCAGCUCAUCGAAGUGGGCGGGGGCGACGCGGUGUACGCGAAGUUCCUCAAGUGGGCGGACUACAGGAGCUUCAAGUCACGACAGGGGCCCGAAUUCACUGACCCCGGCCGCACGCUCUUCCUAUCGACGCGGUGCAAGUGCCUAACCCUUCCUGUCAUGGAACAGUGUGCGUGCAAGAUCCACUCGCAACAGGUGCUGUACAUCGAGGCGUUGGCGAACGUCGACAUGGCCAGCCACGGAGACUGCUCGUGCCGAUGGUGCACCGUGGACGGAGGCAGCAAAUGGCGGGAGACUUGGAAGCACCUAGGAACUUUCUCCGAUGCGAUCGCUUGCCCGAAGGUGAACUUGCGUGCAGAGGACCCGGAAGAUAAUGUUGGGUUCAUGGGGCGGAAACCGGAAUGUAGCGCCUUCAAGUGCAAGGAGUGUGGGUUCGGGGGGGCCAAGGGAAUCCCCACCUGCACCAGGCUGGAGACUUCUCAGAAGACGGUCGAGUGGAAGGAGUUCGAGGAUGUGAUCACGGUGCCUGCUUCGGCAGAUGGGAAGAUCAAAGCCAAGAAGCUCGCGAACCAGACCAUUCCCAAAGAGGGCAGGCUCUGCGACCUGUGGAAGGCCUUCAAACAGGACAGCAAGCUUUACAUGGCUCAUCACGCGACCGCCAAGUGGCAGAGGCACUGCCACGGGCGUUGCUUGGAGACGUUCCAGGACGGCGACCUUGUCAUUGAGACAGACACCACUUCGUGGGGGCCAACACUCCCAGGAACGACGCGCAAACCACGACGGAAGACCCCGAAGACAUCAAGCUGGCGCUGA